GUAAGCUAGUCGAGGGAACAAAUCAGUUUUUAGAAAACAUUGCACUAGUCUAGUUGAUACGCAAGGCAAUACCGUCAUGCUAUAUGAUUGGUCCAAGGGUAAUUAUUUGUGUUCUCUAAUUUAACAAUAUAAUGCCCCUGUACAUGUUACCUGUAGUAGGCAAAAAUCUUGCAUUAUCUCGGCCUAAAGUAAAAACAAAAAUCGCGAAAUAUCAUUACAUUGUAUUUUAUCUCUGUGUGUGUAUGUAAUUUUAUUAUAGAUUAAAAACUUGACAUUGACAUAUUUUUAUUAGGCUAAAAUAUUUUAAAUGAAGAAUGUCGACUAUGUGAAGAAAAACGACAAUCAAAAUUGCGUUGUGUGUGAAAUUUUAUACUAUAAAAUGCGAUUAAGUUUAAAGCAGUUAGUAUCAAUCGAAAGAAGAAAGGGUCUUUUAUUUGUGUCAGAAGAAAGUCGUUUUCAUUUUAAAUUAGAAAAGCGAAGAAACAAUCAUUUUAAUCCAAUUUUAAUAUAUUUUCAUUUCAUUUUAAAUAAUAAUCAGGAAGUACGAUUAUUUUCGUCUGCGUUCAAAAUGUUAGGUCCGCGUUUUGGCAAACUAUUAACCAAAGUAGUAUAAACUAAUUAUACAGCCUCGCUUACAUAUUAAAAAAUGCAAAUGAACAUAAUGGGAUACAUUUUCAAGAUGCAGGUUCCGUCGAACAUUGUGAAAUUUUUUUCGGCGUCAGAAUCAACAAGCGUUUUAACGAUUUCGGAGUCUAUCUUUGGGAUUCGCCUAGCGUCUAAUGUGGCCCGGAGGCCUGUUUAGAUUAGAUUUGUUUAUUUAGUCGCCGUUUUGUGUCGGAGUGAUAAAUAAAAACUACCGUAUUCAAUACAGUGAAUUCCUUUAACGAGGUUUAGCUACGAUGAAAUUACACUCGCUUAAGAAUAUUCUGGUACAAGAACGAAAUCACAACCGCGUUCCAUACAAAGUUCCACAUCCUUUCCUCUACAUUGCAACAUUGCCUUUGCUGCCUCUGCUAAUUGCCUUGCUUCCGUGUCUAGCAAUUUACAAAUUGCUGAUUCGAAUCAUACUCAUCGCAAGACAUGGCCACAAAUUUGGUGGAUUCUUUUCGAGUGCAGAUCAGAUCUGGACGUACGACGAUGAUAAUUGGAAAUCGAUAGUGAACGCUCUGUUCUUCCUCGAAUGCGAUGAAGAGGUAGAUCUGCAGAAAAUUGUGAGACUGAGGACGAAACAAAAAGUUUUUGAUGUGGACGACUACCCGAAGCUAAAGGCCACGAUGCACAGGUUUUGGGGAUUUCCGUAUCUGAUUAAAAACGACUAUUCUUUACACGAGUGCGUGAAACUUAUGAAGGUUCCUGGUGACAAACCGUUCGACCAAGUUGUCAUGAGAGACGUACUCAGUAAAGUUAGCAACCAACAGCUUCCGAGAAACGGCAAAGCCCUGUGGGAGAUUUUGCUAAGUGACAGGCCGCUUAUUAAAAAAGCUGACGAAAAAUACGUUUAUCCGGCUAUAGCUAGGUUUAACCACGCCGUCGGAGAUGGAGCAUCUUUGGUCUCAUUUUUUAUGAAGGUUUACAGCGAUACAGCGGCCGAACAGUAUUUGAAAGACGCUCUCAAGCGAUAUAGCGGUUAUCUUAACGCGAGUCCAAAAAAAUUCGACCUAGCUUUACUGGUAGAAUUUUCCAAAUCCGCUCUGCACUGCUUGUUUUUAAUCAGCGCGUUGCUUCCGUACUAUAUUUAUACGUUUGUCGUGAAAGAUGGUGAUCAGAACCCUUUAUAUGGGCCAGAUCUGUGUGGCGAAAAGAAUGCCGUGUGGUCUUGCGAGGAUUAUCAGGAACUGGUACCGAUGGUGAAGAAAAUUAAAAAUAGGCUGCCGAAUGUGACCUUCUUCGAUGUGAUCUGUACUGCCACUUCCUGCAGCCUUACCGACUAUUUUAAAAGGAAAGGUUUUGAUAUUCCCCAUGAACUGAACGUUGCAAUUCCACACAUCUUGUCCUUGAGAAACAUGUUGGACCCCGGUCCAGCCAAACUCCAGAACCGAUUCACCAUCGCUCCUCAAACAAUCCCAACCACCAGAUCAUCUUUGAUUGAGACACUUCUGGAAAUGAAGGAACAUUCCGUUAUAAUGAGAAGUCGACCUGAUUUGGAGGAACUGGCAGUGUCAGCUACUUCCAAACCGACUUGAAGGAUGUAGUGUUUUACGCGCCAAACAGGAAAAAGACCGGAUUCACAAUCAGCGUCUUAACAUAUGACAAUAGGUUCCAGAUAGGGCUUCAGGUUGACCAAGCUUUAAUCUCUUCCAUCGAAGAAACCCAGCGGAUUGCUGACGACGUAUUUAAGUACAUCAGGCUCUUGGAUGUAGAG